UCUAGACAGACAGAAAAGCAGUCAGACAGACGCUCAGACUAACGGACAGACUAACGGAUCCUCCCGGUUCUGUCACCGGACAUCAGUCGCUGUCUCUGCCCCGGACUGAGCGCUGCUCCGCGGCGGCUGUAGCGGAGCGCUGCCGGCUCUGAGGCCGGUCAUGAGGCAGCAGGAUGGGGGAGAACAUCCGAGUUUCUCCGCUGAAGAACUUCGUGGCUGGAGGGUUCGGAGGAGCGUGUCUGCUGCUGGCAGGACACCCGCUGGACACCAUCAAGGUGAGACUGCAGACGCAACCCAAAGCUGCUCAGUACGUUCUCUACACGGGAACCUACGACUGCUUCAGAAAGACCGUCUCCAAGGAGGGUAUCUUGGGGCUCUAUAAGGGGAUGGGGGCUCCUCUGGCUGGCGUUGCUCCAAUGAUGGCCAUCAGCUUCUUCGGCUUCGGUUUGGGGAAACAACUUCAGCAGACGGAUCCUGGAAAACCUCUAACACACUCUCAGAUCUUCCUGUCUGGAUGUCUGGCCGGAGUUUUCACCACCGUCAUCGUGGCUCCGGGAGAAAGAAUCAAAUGUUUACUGCAGGUCCAGUCCAGCAGUGGAGGCUCCAGAUAUUCUGGUCCUCUGGAUUGUGCAGUCAGACUGUAUAAGGAACAAGGAAUCCGCAGCGUGUAUAAAGGAACAGUCCUGACCCUGAUCAGAGAUGUGCCUUCCAACGGGCUUUACUUCCUCACCUACGAAUACCUCAAACGCUUCCUGACUCCUGAGGGCCAGAGCGUUUCUCAGCUCAGCACUCCCAACAUCCUGCUGGCCGGAGGCGUCGCAGGAAUCUUGAACUGGACGAUCGCUCUGCCGCCGGACGUCCUCAAGUCCAACUUCCAGACAGCUGCAGAUGGGAAGUAUCGAGGUUUGGUCGACGUCCUCAGAACACUGCUCAGAGAAGAAGGACCUAAAGCUCUCUACAAAGGCUUCAACGCCGUGUUUCUACGAGCAUUUCCUGCCAACGCGGCCUGUUUUCUAGGCUUCGAGGUGGCACUGAAGGGUCUGAACGUCGUCGCCCCCAGCUGGUGAAAUCAUCCAGCCGGUUCUUAAGUGUACUUUAUUUUUUAAUCCUUCCUAAUCCAGACAGAAACGCACAUUUAUGAAUGUAUGACUUGACAUUUUCACUAUUUAUUCUCUCUACGUGUUUGUCAGUGCAGCAGAAACAGGUAGUUGUGUUUUUUUCUCACUUUUUAAGCUUUUUUGUGAUUAAAAUCAGGAAUUUAGCUUAAUUUAUGAGAACUUUUCUGUAAAUCUACCAGCAGCUCUGCCUAAUAAAUGCAGAGUUUAUUUAUUCAGGGGUGAAUAGUUGUGUUUGGUUUUAUAAACUCUGUCAAUAAAGAUUCAAUAAAGUGUUUUUAAUUUUA